UGUGAAUGUGUUUGCGCUACGUGGUCAAUUUACUUGUGCGGUGCGAACGAAGGAGAGAAGUUGAGUUGAAUCGAGUGUAAUUUUGUCACUAGCGUUCGAUCCGUCGCAUCCGUUUUUUUCCUCUGUGUGUUCCAAUAAUCCUGGCUUCCACGGUGGAGAACAAGUUUAAAUAGUUAUUGCGAUUAGCCGGUGGUUUUCGAGGACGUGGAAGUGCUGCUAAUUAAGCAUCCGCAGUAGAAGUGACUGGCAUCGGCAAACGUGUUCAUAGUGCUUAGGCCAUUUCGUAUUUUGUGUUCGUGUGGUAGUGUCCUUCAUUCCUCGACCGGAAUAGUCUAUUACCCGUUGUCCGUGAACCGAAUCAUGCAAAUAUGGAUCUGUCUAUCUUUGUCGUAAUCCUCGUUGGGACCCUGGUCUCGCUUUUGGGACUGCAUUUCUUCCUGCUCAAGCCUCUGUCGGGCAAAUCGUUUGAAGAGGAACUGAAGGAGAAGCGUGAGAUGCGCGAAAAGAUUCUGGGUACAGCCGGAACGGCCAAGGCCGCUUCCACCGGUAAGGACAACGCGCACAAGAAGGGCAAGAAAGUGAACAAGAAACCGCAACAGCAGAAGCAAAAGAGCGCUGCGGCUGUGAAGGAAUCCGACGCGGCUGAAGCGGAAAGCGAUUCGAACUCUUCCGAGAGUCAAAUGGAAGAGGAGAUCAACCCGUUGACCUAUGCUAGCAAGAAGACUAACGCCAGUGUGGAAUAUGUGGAGACCGAGGCAUUUGCGCUGACCGAUUCUCAACAUAAGAAAAAAGACAAGCCAAACCAAGGCAAAAAGAACAAACAAAAGGGAGGAAUUCUUCUAAACAAAACGGAACCCGUUCUCGUCAAGCAAGAACCAGCUCAAGAGAUCAAUCAUUUUGAAGAGAUUCAUCCCAAAGACGCCCUCGAGAUUGCCCGCCAGCAUAAAGAGGAAGAAUCCAGAGCCAAGCCGGCACCCAAGGAGCAGCGCAAGAACAAGAAUAAGGACCAUGUCAAGCCAUCGCCGAAGGGCAGUGCAGUCGAAGAGAUUCCCAUUGUUCCUGUCGUGGCCCCUGUCGCUACCGUUGCUCCCGUUGUAAGUGAACCCAAACCAGCAACAGCCAACGUUCAAUCCAACAAGGAAAAGUCCAAUAAGAAAAAGAAAAAUGAACUCAUCACGCAACAGUUGUCUGCUGAGGUCCAGGACGCUGCCAAUGUGCAAUCGUUGGUUCGAAUUCUUGGCAAAGCGGACCUUCCUCGUAAUGACAUCCAAAUCUUGAUUGACUUUCUGCUGAACAAACAGCAAGACACGUUGACUAAAGAUCCGUCCGAGUGGAACGAUCCAUCCGAUCCGCUGCAGAAAUUGAAGAAACAGUUGCAAGAAAAGGAAAACCAAUUGCUCGAAGAACAGAAUGCUGCUUCCGGAUUGCAUGCCAAGUUGAAGGAACUCCGCCAAGAGUUGAACAACGAGAAAACUCACAAUGGCGCGGCCCUGAAAAGUUUCACCGAAGAGUUGAACGUUAAGCGCUUGGAAGUUCAAAACCUUACCCAGCAGAUCCAGCUCGUUUCGGAAAAGUUUGCUGCCGAAAAGCAAACGCUCUCCCACCAGUUCCAACAGCUGCAGGCUAAGUAUUUGCAACUCUCCGAGAAGCAUGCCGCUGCGCAGGAAAGCGCCGCCACUCUCACCCAAUUGAACGAGAACAUGCAAAUGCUCCAACGUGAACUGAUGACCAAGGGACAGUUGUUGAAUGAAAAACUACAGGUCGAAGAGGAGUUGCUCAAGAAGAAGACUGAAUACGAAAUUUUGCUACACCAGAAGGACGAAAUCAUCAACCAACGCAUGCAAGAGCUCAACACAUAUGAGAACGAAGUGAAGCAGCUGCGAAUCCUGGCUAGCCAAAACGAGGAACUGGUCAAGACAUGCCAACAGCAAGGCUAUGAGCUGGAACAGGUGAAGGCUCAAGUCGGCGAACUGCAGAACAAGCAGAAGCAGGCUGCCGCUGUGAUGGCAGCAACAACCGCUGCCAACACCCAGGCCGAAGAGUGCAGCAAGGUGGAAAUCCGAAAUCUCCAGAAUGCCUUAGAUUCAAGCAAAACCGAACUGACCGUGUGCCGUUCCGAGCUUGCUGAGCAUAAAACAAAACUGGCCGAGCAGGAGCAACAGGCCAAGGAACUGCGUGCCCGCGAGGAAGAUUUGCAGAAGCAAAUCGAGGAGCAGAAGGCCAAGAACAAUGAUUUACGCAUGAAGAACUGGAAGUUGGUAGAAGCACUGCAAGUUGCGCAAAAUAACACCGCCAAAUCGAGCACCACUAACACGAAUGAAAGUAGUAAAGUUGAACUCGCUGCGGCCGCUAGCAAAGCACAACAAAAGUCUAACCAUGUUGCAGAAGCACCUCCAGCCCCGAAGGUCGACAUCGACAAGGUAAUACUGGAGGAACAGAACCGAACAAAGGACCUGCUGGUGAAACUGCUCCCGCAGGAAAUAGUUUCGGCACUGCCACUGGACGCCACCAACUUCCAUAGUUGGCUGGAAUCGGCGGUCACCUGCAUCCGGGAGCAGCAGGAAUGUGUUCGCCUCUCGGCCACCACCACCCCCAGUAAUAACAGCACCGAAUCGGUGCACCACAAUUUCAACAACACUAGUAGGAGUAGUAACAAUAGUGCUAACAAUAAUAGUAGUUUAAAUGAACAAAAUGAUGCCCACGACGGGAAAACCGACGAGGGCAGUAGCAAAAAUGGUGCACCGGAGUUGGCGGACACUGCCGAGGAUCAGCAGGCACUGGCGCUGAGGAACGAGCAGCUGCAAAAAACAGUAGAUCAAUAUAAGAUAAUUAUAGCUGAUACUCAAAUCAUACUGAAAAACUUAGAGUCGAAGGUAAUCGAACAGGACAUCCACUGGAGGUCGGUGGUGCAAGCGAAGGAGAAAGAAUUGAACCUGCUCAAAUCGGCCGGUGCGAUGCAGUAGUACUAGUAGUUUGUAGUAACAACCAUCUUAGUAGUAAUGACAACAACAACAACAAAAACAACAGAACCCCGGUGGUUAACCUACCAGUGUGGAUUUGCCAGCCGGUGCCGCGGGAGGGGCAGUUGAGAGAAUUUGGAUAGAUGCAGAAUGACGCGGAAAAUGAACGCCUGGUGCUGUGGUGUAUUGUCUGUGCGUUUAGUAGUAAUCGCAGUGAUAUCACCAGGGAGUAGAGACCACUGAGGUGAGAGGACUGAUACAAAGUUAUCGAAAAUCAUCAUUAUUUUUGACUAGUUUCUCCAGACUAUAUUUUUAUACCUUCAAAUCACUUGAGCCUUUUCCCAACACAAAUCCCUUUCCACAGCUUCCCUCGCCCUCCCCUCUCAGUUGAGUCGCGGAAAAAAAUGUCCCACCCUCGGCACAGCAUUUGCUCCUUGAACCAAACUCUAGAACGCCUCUUCCGAUGCAAAGUAGCGACGAGUAACGCAAAACAUUGCACUAAAAGCCGGUCUUUAUGUGUAGAUAGUUGACACUCGAGGUUGUUCUGACCUACGUAUUAUCUGCGCAGCGAAAGCAAGUUUCAUUCCUAUUUGCUCCUACAGACAGGCGUUUCCUACAAAAAAAAAAAAAACGAACAAUAGAAGUAUGUACACCCAAACUCCACUUAGAUUUGCUUUUACGCGAUAUUGAACGGAUCAUGGAAACCGCGGGUAGGAGAGAAGAAGGCAUCCGUCGAAAGCUGCAAUAGGUUAACGUAAUGAGCUAGGGGAAGUGCAACACUUCCAGAAUUGUAGAAGUCCAUUCGGUGGAGUGGAAGAAACAAUAUUAUUUUUAUAGGACCUUCUGAAGAUUGAGAGUAAUUCAAGAAUCAAUUUAUAGUAUAUUAUGUUAAAUUGCAUUUUGUUCACAGUGUCGCAAAUAAGAAAAUUACUGUUGUACGUUAUUUUUGUGAGUAACUAUUAUUUAAAAAUAAGUACAGCUUGAUUUUUUACUAUUGUUUACAAUAAUUACAUUGACCCAACAAUUGUGGAUGUUAACUGAACGAAAUAAAACACAUAUACUCCUCUGGAACAGCAAUGAAGGGAAAGCUGCUGAUUGAUUUUAUAAACGAUGGUUGAUUUCUGAUUGAUUAUUUUCCAUACGUUGCGUUCAGUGCCCUUCGCAUGAAAACUGUCCCUCGCAAUGUUUGAUCGUUUUUGAACGCCAAGAACCACUUUUAAUAUUUGAAAGCGUGAUCCAAUAUCUGAUCUUCUCAAGUACUACUUAAAGAGAUGCAUAUCUCAAAAUUCGAAACAAAUAUCAAAUUUGUGAAAUAGGAUGUUGAAGUUGAAUACUCAAGUUUCACACGAAACAUUAGCCUCAGUCUUCAUACACAAAUUUAUUAUCUUCAAAAUAUCACUCGUUGGACUUAUUGUUUUUUGUGCAAAUCAGCGUUGCCGAAGGGUAUGCAGUAGGUUUUAAUAUUCCUCAUAGAUGCACGACCAAUUGAUUUUUGAAGAAAAGGGGCUACUCAAGUUGAUUUUAAAAUUAUCGCUUCCCAAAUAGAACAAAGCUACAACGUUUGAAGAGUAAUGGUUCGUCUAACUUAUAAACCCUAAAACUCCAAGCAAUCAUACUACAGCAACUAACAGAACAAAACAUCCGUAGUACUAUAAUCUGGUAAGCAAUGUUUACCACCUCAUUUAUAACCUUCCUUAGCUGCAAAUGUUCUCUUUAACCGCCUUGUGCUGUUCGGUUGUGUACAACUAUAGAGGACAAGAGAUACAAUCCGCGUUCCGAGAGAAACCGACUCUUAUUUAUUUUUGAAGACUAACAUCAAUUUUAUUAUAAUUAUUAUUGCAAACCUGCGUAAUAUUACCGAUAAAAGCAAAAUGGAACGGGGAAAAAACAAGUAGUUUCAAGGUUGAAAUUCACCAUAACUUUAUGGGAAGUUCGAACUAUCAAAUGUGGAGGGUUGCCGAAAAGACACGUGAAAUAUUAUUUUUUAUACAUAAAGCAAGAAAUAGAAUUAUUGAAGUAAAAAAAACUAGCUAUACAAUAUAUAUACUAUAACUUCUAGGAGAAAAAAAAUCUAAAUAACGUGAAAAGGAAUAGAACACGCGCAAAAAAAAAAAAGACGUGCGAGUAUGAACGCGAGCAGAAAUUCAGAACGAAUAAUAUUUAAAUUUAGAACCUGAUUGAGACAGAGAGUUAAACUGAAAAAAAUAAUAAUAUAAAACAGACACACACACAUUUAAGCUAUCCAUAAAGAAA